AUGGUACUCCAUCCUCUUGAUUGGAGUCUGAUUACAGGAAUAGCCACUGAUUUUGCUUUUGGCUAUUGUAUGUAUAAAAUGUAUACGUUCGGUAAUCGCUAUGUAGCAGAUAUUCAGGGAGCAAAACCUGUUCAACUAGAUGAAGGACUCAAGAAGCAGUUAGAGAAAUGUACUGAAAAAACAAUUCCAUAUGUUUGGGUAGAAGGGCUUGUAGCACCUGUAGGCAAUCCCAUGAUUAGUCGGCAUAGUGACAAAGAGGGUGUGGUUCAAACAACCUCCUUAAUAGAACACAAAUCAAAACGAAUCAUAGGGAACUCAUGGGCAGACACAAAACAUACAAUACGAGAUACAUCAGAGUUCAUACCAUUCCUAAUCCAUGCUAAUGACCAACCAGACCAUAAGAUAUACAUUGCUGAGCCUCGGAUGGCUGAAUAUUUGACAGAAAAUCUGAUGAUGACUUAUGACAAGUUUGAAAAAAAGGAAAAUUCCUCAAUCUUUAAGCAUGGCAUGGAUAUUAUAUCUGGUGAGGUUAGCAAGGGAUUUCAUGAGAUGGAGCGCAUGCUACUUGUAGGCACACAGUUACUGGGUAUUGGAGAACUUACGUUAGAGGCAGGAAAGGUUAAGCUACGUCCCCCUAGUGAUGGUAAACGAUACAUUGUAACUGCUAUGAGUAAAGAAGAAUUGAUCAACAAAUUUAAAUCUCGAUCAAAAAUGGCAAAAUUCUUCUUCAAAACAUCUAUUGUGAUAGGAGCUUGUUUAUUGACAUUUAUGUUAUAUCGAUGGUUUAAGAAAGUACAAGACAGAUACCAGCAAAGGCAACAAUUACAGAUUAUACGAGAGGAGAACAGAAGAGUAAGAAGGGAAGCUGCAGAGCAGAGAGCACGGAAUGCCCAACGGAAUCAGGAAGGAGGUCAAGCUGAUAGAGAUGGACAAAAUGGUGAAGAAAGAGACGAAUAUCGAGACAUGUGCGUAGUUUGUCUGACCAAUCCGCGAGAGGUCGUGCUCAUUAACUGUGGCCAUAUAUGUCUGUGCUUGGACUGCGCUGAUAUGCUGCCUACCCCGCUUCAAUGCCCAGUGUGUAGAGCACGCGUUGAACGAUUUGUACCAUAUUACAAUCCGUAAAUCCUCUCCUGCAUCCAUAUUUAUCCUGCAAAGAGCUAAGGGAAGCCAACAUAUUGCCUCGAAAUCAAAGAUGAUUAGUGAUAAGAACUGACCCUAAGACUGUGAUCAUAAAAUAUAAACCAGAUAACAUAAGCUUUUCUUUGGUCAGCACAUAAGAUGAAACAUCAUUGGUUAUUUAUAUCACGAUUUGAACCACACCCAUUUUUUAAGUGGCCUACUGACGAAAAAAUUAUGUAACCAAUAUCAGCAAACGAAACGAAAAAUUAAAUGCCAAGUUGCUGUAUCUGUAUUCAUGCAUGAUAGGUGGAGAAUCAUCAAAUUGUAUUACCAUAUAUAUUUACAUGUAUAUUUCAAUUUUCAAAUUUUUUUGCCAUUCUUUUUCCUUAAUUAAAAUUUUUAAAAU